UCCUGCUUGCUCAUUUGCCUACUGGAAUUGCAAUCCAAAAAAAAAACAAGAACUCUGCGAAGAGAAGUUGAGAAGAAACAACCUUGAGACAGAACAAAUCCUUUUCCUUAACCUUCACGCCUCCAUUAACACCUCUUCCCUUCGUUUUCUCUCUCUCUCUCUUACAGGUAAAAUUAAUUACUACUUACAAUUUUUUUUGCACUUCCGAUAUUUUCUCUUCCCACCUCUCACUUCUCAUAAAAACCUUCUAUUUCUCUUGCUUUUCUCUGCAUUGAAAUCCCUCAGUUCUCACCCCCCCAUGUCUUGUUUUUUUCUUCCCACUGACUCCUGCUUUUCUUUCUCUCUCCUGAGUCCUAGGUGCUUUUCCUUCCUCCCUCUUUAAAACUCCUCCUCUUCCACAUAAGAUUUUUCUCAGGUAGCAAAAAAAAAAAAGUGAGAAAACAGGGGGGAAAGAAAACAGAGCUUUACAGAGUGAAAAGAACAGGGGAACUAAAAAGAAACUACAGAGGUUUUUCGCUGUUUCUUUUUAAGCUUUCUUUCACUAUCUUUCUUUCUUUUUUUUUUGGUUCUCUUCUUCUUUUCCAAUAUCGUUCUUUUUCUUGUAUUGUCUAAACAUGGGUUAUUGUAAGGAUCAAGAAGAACAUCAUCAGAAUGAAGCAAUGUUUUUGGUUCAUGGGCCUAUCAUUGUAGGUGCAGGACCAUCUGGUCUUGCAACAUCAGCUUGUCUUACUCAGCAAGGUGUGCCUUCUCUUAUUCUUGAGAAAAGUGACUGCAUAGCAUCUCUAUGGCAGCAUCGAACUUAUGAUCGUCUCAAACUCCAUCUUCCCAAACAGUUUUGUGAAUUACCACUCCUUGGUUUCCCUUGUAAUUUCCCAAAGUACCCGACCAAGCACCAGUUUAUCUCUUACAUGGAAUCCUAUGCUUCACAUUUCUCAAUCCACCCUACGUUCAAGCAAGCUGUGCAAAGUGCAGAGUUUGAUUAUGUUCUGCGGUUUUGGAGGGUUAAAACUCAAGACUGUGAGUACAUUUCAAGGUGGCUUAUUGUUGCUACCGGUGAAAAUGCUGAACCUAUAAUACCUGAUAUAUCUGGGAUUGACAAGUUCAAGGGUCCUGUUGUUCAUACCAGUUUGUACGAGUCUGGUUCUGAGUUUAAAAACCAAAAGGUUUUGGUUAUUGGAUGUGGCAAUUCUGGCAUGGAAGUCAGCUUGGACCUUUGUCGAUACAAUGCAAUCCCUCAUAUGGUUGUUAGAAACACAGUGCAUGUAUUACCUAGGGAGAUGUUUGGUUUCUCAACAUUUGGUAUAGCCACGGCACUUCUAAAAUGGUUCCCUUUAAGGCUAGUUGAUAAAUUCCUGUUGCUGGUAGCCAACUUCACCUUAGGCAACACAGAAAAAAUAGGUCUUCGGCGGCCAAAAACUGGUCCAAUUGAGCUCAAGAAUGUCACCGGAAAGACUCCGGUGCUCGAUGUUGGUGCAUUAUCACGGAUAAAAUCUGGUAAAAUUAAGGUGAUGGAAGGUGUGAAAGAGAUAACAAGAAAUGGAGCAAAGUUUGUGGACGGACAAGAAAAGGAGAUCGAUUCAAUAAUCUUGGCAACUGGGUACAAAAGCAAUGUGCCUACUUGGCUCAAGGGAUGUGAUUUUUUCACCAAAGAUGGCAUGCCUAAAACGCCGUUUCCUAACGGAUGGAAAGCAGAGAAGGGAUUGUACACAGUUGGGUUUACAAGAAGAGGGCUCCUCGGAACGGCUUCUGACGCCGUUAAGAUUGCUAAGGACAUUGCUGAACAAUGGAGGACAAUCAAAGACUGUAACGACAUUAGCAGCUGUAAUUCUCAUGUUAUCCUUCUCAAGGAAAUGUGAGUCAGUUAAAAAAAAUAUAAAUGUGAAUUUACCGUGGGUGACUUUUUCCUGGAUGGGUUUUUUAGGCCCUCUUUUUAGAAUAUUGUAAAUGCACCAAUUUUGUUAUGAGGGAUUUUGCAUCCAUCCUUUUACCUCUUAUGAGUUGUUAUGAUAAUGUAAGUUUGAUAAACUUGUAGAAAAUAAUUUCAUAAAUGGA